UGUAGUGUGUGUAUUCUCGGCGUUCUUGCACUUGUCAUCAGCUGGGCCACCUUGGGGUUGGAGCUGUCUGUCGCUGUGACCACCAGUGACUUUUGCGUAGCCCCCAACGCUUACAUCACUAAAGUCACGGAGGAGAACGCUGUCAUCAACCAAGAUAUUUUGCAGUACUAUCUGAAAUGCAGCAUGGGCCAGUCCAACCCAUUCCAGCAGAAACUCUCUGGAAGCCACAAGUCCUUGGUGGAGAUGCAGGAUGAUGUGGCUGAACUGCUGCGCUCGGCCACUCGAGAGUACCCUCAAACUAAGGGGAAUCUGGAGGAGAUCCAGUCGGUGUUGAACUCUACUGAGGUCAGCCUCCACCAGCUUACUGCUCUACUGGACUGCCGCAGCCUGCACAUGGACUAUGUCCAGGCGCUGACCGGUCUUUGCUACGACGGUGUCGAGGGUCUGAUCUACCUGGUGCUCUUCUCCUUCGUCACUGCGCUCAUGUUCAGCUCCAUCGUCUGCAGCGUGCCCCACACCUGGCAGGGCAAAAGGAGUGAGGACGAUGACGGUGACGAGUCUUCUGCGGCCCACGGCACGCGGCAGCCUCACGAUAACCUGUACCGCGUGCACAUGCCCAGCCUGUACAGCUGCGGCAGCAGCACGUACGGUAGCGAGGCUAGCCUCCCGGCCGCGGCUCACACCGUCAGCAACGCGCCCGUAACCGAGUACAUGAGCCAGAAUGCUAACUUUCAGAACCCCCGCUGCGAGAACACUCCUCUGAUUGGCAGGGAGUCCCCUCCGCCCUCUACCGAACGAUUCCAUGGGAUGAUGUGCACUGCACCUCUUUACACCUCAAGCAUGAGGGCGAAGUACCUGGCCAACAGCCGUCCCGACCAACAGCAGCAGCAACAACAACAACAACAACAACAACAGACCCCCGGUGGCCGAGCAGAGCAGCACCAGCACCCGAACCCCCGCGCCGACCCCCACCCCCGCGCCGACCCCCACCCCCACCCCCACCCCCACCUCCGUCCGGAUUCCCACAGCCGUUCUGCCCCUAACAGUCGGCCCAACUCCGCCAUCCACCGGCCACAUUCCUCCAUACACUAA